GACUGGGGGGAGGGAUUUGGAACGUCGCCGUGGCCUCCCGUCUGUAACCGUCGCUAAAAGCGGUUAGUUCGUCUCGCUGUUGAGCUCUACGCUCCCUUUUUGUCUCCGAGGACUCCCGCUCUCAGUAUCCAACUACCAGGGAGGGUAGUAGCCGCCAGAAUUGGUUGAAAAAUGGCCAGAAGAAAGUUUGCGGAUGAAGAAGUGGUAAUGGGCCGAUGGCCUGGAAGUGUGUUAUACUAUGAAGUAAAAGUAAUCAGUUAUGAUGAACAUACACGUCUUUAUACAGUUAAAUACGAAGAUGGAACUGAACUUAAUCUGAAAGAAAAUGAUAUGAGGUCUGUGUCAUCUUUUCGAUUUAGAAAAAGCAGCUCUUCCUCAGGUUCUCCAUCGAGACGCAGUGGUAGCAGAUCUAGAUCGGGCUCUAGAUCUCGUUCACCUGGUCGACCAGCAAAACAUAAACGUCGUUCUUCCUCACGUAGCAGAGAAACAAAAAAUGAAAAUAAUAUUGGGGAACCUAAUCUGACUCCUUUGAGGCUGCAUGAAAAUAACACAAAUCAGUAUAAUGGAGAGCCAGAUAUCACAGAAGUGAAUUAUUCUACUCAUGCCACUUUAGAGCGGCAAAGAAUCGAGUCUGAGCGAAGAAGAGAACGCAUUCUGGAACGAUAUAGUUUGCAUCCUAGAAAGGAGCAGAAGAGAAGACAGGAGAUGUAUGCAGAAGAGAAAAACUUUGAAACACCAAAAAGUAUUGAAAAAAUAUGCUGGAAGACAAAAGAACUUGUAUUUGGAGGAAAAAUCGGUGCCUUCUUUAUGAUAUUUCUUCUACCUGGAACUGUGUUCUGCUUGUUGCUAAUGUGCUCACAGAAAGACCCCAGUCUUCUGAAUUUUCCUCCUCCACUACCAGCUUUCCAAAAUUUAUGGGAGACAAGAGUAUUUGGUGUCUUUCUUCUUUGGUUCUUUCUCCAAGCCCUAUUUUACUUACUGCCGAUAGGAAAGAUUGUAGAAGGGGUACCACUUUGGAAUGGAAUUAGGUUGGAGUAUAGAAUAAAUGGAAUCUAUGCUUUUAUCCUAACAGCUAUAGCUGUUGGAAUUUCUCUAUAUUUUGAAAUGGAGCUUUAUUAUUUAUAUGACCACUUCCUACAAUUUGCUAUCUGUGCUACAAUUUUUAGUUUAUUAUUGAGCAUUUACCUCUAUGCCCGCUCUCUGAAAGCACCUGAGCAAGAUUUAUCCCCUGGAGGAAAUUCUGGGAGUAUAUUUUAUGAUUUCUUUAUGGGACGUGAAUUAAAUCCUCGCAUUGGAAAUUUUGAUCUGAAAUACUUUUGUGAGUUACGACCAGGGCUAAUUGGUUGGGCUGUUAUUAAUUUGGCCAUGCUUUUCACUGAGAUGAAAGUGCAAGAUCGGAACAUGCCUUCCCCAUCAAUGAUACUUGUUAAUAGUUUCCAGCUCAUCUAUGUGGUGGAUGCCCUUUUGAAUGAGGAAGCAAUUUUAACGACAAUGGACAUCACAAAUGAGGGGUUUGGAUUCAUGCUAGCAUUUGGAGACUUGGUGUGGGUUCCCUUUCUCUACAGUUUACAAGCAUUCUAUUUAGUGAAAAAUCCAAAUGAGAUUUCAUGGCCUGCAGCUUCUGCCAUUGUGACUCUAAAUAUGAUUGGGUAUUACAUUUUCCGUGCUGCCAACUCACAAAAGAAUUUAUUUAGAAGAAACCCAAAGGAUCCAAAACUUGCUCAUUUGAAAGUUAUUCCUACUGCAACGGGGAAAAACCUUCUUGUAUCUGGCUGGUGGGGCUUUGUACGUCAUCCUAAUUAUUUAGGUGAUAUCAUUAUGGCCCUGGCUUGGUCCCUACCUUGUGGAUUCAAUCAUAUUUUACCAUAUUUCUAUGUCAUAUAUCUUACUGGUUUGCUUAUUCACCGAAAAGCUCGUGAUGAACACCAUUGUAAGGAAAAAUACGGUUUGGCAUGGGAAAAAUACUGCCAACGUGUACCAUACCGCAUAUUUCCAUAUAUCUAUUGAGCAACUCCCUGAUGCAAGAUACAGAGUUUCGGCAAUGAAACCUUUGGUGUAGACAUCAUACCUCCUACCUUUGCACUUGGAAUAUAUAAUAAUUGUGCUGGAUGUUCUUAAAAAUACAUUUUGAUAGUGCAUUUCCAAAUUUUUUUACCAGCUAUCUAAUUGAUGCAGCCUUAUAACUUUUUAACCACUUCCCAUUUUAAGUGACAUAUUUUUUUUAUUAAGAAACAAACUAGUUGUAUAGUGCAUGAAAAAUAUUAAGUAAUUUGUAUGCUUUAUAAACUGGUUAUCUAAUGAGUAAUGUUCAUUUUCUGUCCUGUAAGAAAGAAGACCAAAUUUAGGGUUUAAUUACCAAUAUUUUCUUUAUAAUUUUAUUUUGUAUUUUUAGCCUUUCAUAGUACCUUGAUCAAAAAGCAUCAUAUAAAUUAGUAGUAUACUAAGAUCCAGUGGAAAGCAACUUUUACUAUGUUCGUGCUUCCUAAUUAUAUUUCUUUUCAUUCAGACCUGAUUCCCUUGGGGAUUUAGGCAGGUAGAGGUUAGAACAGGAUUAAAAUGUUUGACUCUUCUGCCUGAUAAAAACAGACUCCACUAAAGUUCUAGACAAGAUUCUAACGUACAUGUGGAGGUCUGUAAUUGAGUGUUGUACAUAGUGCAGUUGUAAGAGGAUAUAUAAAAAUGUCCCAUAACACUCUCAUGGAAUGUCUCAGGUUUGAAAAUAUUAGUGGUAAAUAAUAUUAGAGCUUUAUUUAGUGAUAAUAGAAAGUAGUGCAAGAUGUGAAAUAUUGUACAAACUGGAAAAAAGUACAUUGCUUUACACUGCAGCUUUCCUUUAUAACAUUGAAAGAGUUUGUUUUACAAUAUUUGGCUGUAAAAUUGAAUUGUUUUUCAAAGUUUGGAUUUUUUUAAUUAUAACCAUUUGCAUAUUUUUGAAAAAAAUGUAAAGUAUUGUAUUAUUGUGAAACAUUUCAAAAGCUAAUGACUUCAUUUAAAUAUGGUGAUGCAUUAUGAAAAAAGAAACUAACUUUUACAACUUGGCAUUACUACCUCAAAGUAGGUUAUUUUGCCUUUUUAUAUUGUUAAGUAGAGAAAAGAUGCCAAUACUUCAAAUUGCUUUUUAAAUUAGCUUUUUAAUAAGAAAUGGAAAUUAAAACCAACUAGAUAUGCACUAAUGCAUUUUUUAUAUUUUUGUAUUCAUAUCUUUUAACUAUAGCUAUGGAAUAUAAGAAAUUCAUAGCUUUAACAAUAGUAAUUUUACUGUUAAAGUUUUUAUUGAAAUGGCUGUAAUUGACAGAACAAUUGCUAUUUUAAUAUAUAAAGUUUGAAGGCAGAGGUAUUGAAAUAUUUUUUUCAAACCGUGGAUUUCAUAAUUUUAUAGCAGGCAGAAAAAGUAGCGAUUUAAUUAUCUGUUUAAAGCACCCAUAGUUUGUAUAUAUGAAUAUGUAGCAUAUUCUUUAUAACUUUUGCUUUUAAUACAGCUUAUACUACUUUCAAAAUAUUUUGCAGCAAUAAUUACUGUGAAAUAUUACACAAUAUAGCAGAACAUCUUUUCUUCCUCUUCCAUCUACUAUAUUUUAUGGAUCUACUAGCUUUUGCUGGGCAUUGUGUGCCUUUAUGAAAAAUGUGGAUUUAGUCUAUUUAACCUAAUAAGUUGCCCAGUUUUGAAAUAGAAGGAACUUAGCACAUUUGAGUAGCAUUUGGUAAUCUUUAUUCCUUAUAUAUUUAUAAGGGCUGCUUCAGUUCUGGACAGAACCAUUUUUAAAUUAGAUUAUAGUAAUUAAAUUUGGGGUUUGGGAGCAGUAACUAUUACAUACAUGAUAAUGGCAUUUUUGAUUCUGUGAUGAUUAUGCUCCCACCCCCAAACACUCUCCAAAACUUUGGAACUACAUUUAUUUCUGUUGGCCAGACUGACUAGAUUUGAUGGUGGCUGUGGCCCUGAACACUUUUAACAGGGUUGGUGUCUAUAAGCAACAGGUAGUAUAGACAUUCUAUGAUUUUCAGGUAUUCUACACAAACUUUCUGAAGAAAAUAUUUUUUAAGAUAACUAUAUUGCCCAAGGUGUAGAGUUCCAAUUAAAAUAAGCAGCAAUUUGUCAUGA